AUGAGGGGAUUGUGGAUGAGAAUGAACAAUUUUAUUUUUGACAACAAAUUUAUGAACCCGAGCAGCAUUAUCAGAUCUGCAAGAGAAUCCUUGGAAGAAUACCACUUAGCAGAGGAGGGACUACCAGUUUCAAGUAGAGAAUGGGUCAGUCGAGUAGAAGUCAUCCAGAAAUGGUCUCCACCAGGAGCAAACAGCUUUAAAGUUAACUGGGAUGCAGCUUGUAAUAUCAAACAAAGGAAAAUGAGGAUAGGAGUCAUUAUCAGAGAUGAAAAUGGGGCAGCUACAGCAACAUAUUGUGGAUUCAAAGGCAACGUGGACCAACCAGUAAUAGCAGAAGGGUUUGCUCUUAGAAAAGCUAUGGAACUUUGCAGAGACUUGGGACUCAACAAAGUGACAUUCGAAGGAGAUGCUCAAAACAUUGUAAGAGCAGUUUAUAGUCCAGAUGAAGAUGUAUCAUGCUUGGGCAGUAUUAUUGAAGAUUCAAAGUCUUUUUUAUCUGAGUGGUCCAAUUGGGCAGUUCAAUACACACAGAAAUACAAACACAGUAGCACACAAUUUGGCUAA